AUGGACGCACUGAAAGCGGAGUACAGCGAACUGAUGAACAGCACGCUUCCAAGCGCUGCUCGUUCCAAAUCCUCUUCUCAGGAAAAGUGGCCAGUGCAUCUGAAUCACUGUUUCCUUCGCAUCAUACUAGACUCUGUCGUGGGUCAAGGAACAGCUCCCUGGAAGGAAAAGAUUCCAGACCAAAAGAAAGCGGCCAUUCAUCAGCUCACGCAAGAACAGCUGCGAGAAUGCAUAGAGCUAGGACAUGCGAUCUUGGAUGGAAAAGCGAAUUUGGUAGAGCUGGACGAGCGCUCUUUGAAGUGCAGAGGAAAAGCCUCAAAGAUCAAGGCGGAGAAGUGA